AGCCAGCAUCUUGCAGCACAAUGGUUGCAAGGUGGUGAGCUGGAGAGAGUGAUUCAGCAUCAGCAAGCCCCCUCUGUUUUUUGUUUCCUCAUCGAUGUAUUUUUUUGUUUUGUUUUGUUUUCCCUGUUUUUCUUCUCCAUCAUCACGCCACCAAAUUCAGGCUCGAGCAAAGGUCACCGCGAUGUUUCCCGUCGGGAUGUUUUGAAAAGGACUGUCAUCGGACUCGGAUCGUCAUCAGCUGGCACGGAAUGGUAUUUAUGAGCAGACAUUUCUUAUAUAACUGCAGCCAACCAAUCCUGGAUGUGAAGAUAGCCUUUUGUCAGGGUUUUGGGAAACAAGUGGAUGUGUCAUAUAUUGCCAAGCAUUACAACAUGAGCAAAAGCAAAGUGGACAACCAGUUCUACAGUGUGGAAGUGGGAGACUCUACCUUCACAGUUCUAAAACGCUACCAGAAUUUAAAGCCCAUUGGGUCUGGGGCUCAGGGAAUUGUCUGCGCUGGCUAUGAUGCUGUCCUGGACAGAAAUGUAGCCAUCAAGAAGUUGAGCAGACCCUUCCAAAACCAGACCCACGCCAAGAGGGCAUACCGGGAGUUGGUGCUCAUGAAAUGUGUCAAUCACAAAAUGUGAAUUAUCAGUUUAUUAAACGUCUUCACGCCACAGAAAUCUUUAGAGGAAUUCCAAGAUGUGUACCUAGUGAUGGAGCUGAUGGAUGCCAACUUGUGCCAGGUGAUUCAGAUGGAGCUUGACCAUGAGAGAAUGUCCUACCUGCUCUACCAGAUGCUGUGUGGCAUCAAACAUCUCCACUCAGCUGGCAUCAUUCACAGGGACCUCAAACCCAGCAAUAUAGUGGUGAAGUCAGACUGCACCCUGAAGAUCCUGGACUUUGGCCUGGCCAGGACCGCAGGAACCAGUUUCAUGAUGACCCCCUAUGUGGUGACUAGAUACUACAGAGCCCCAGAGGUUAUCCUGGGCAUGGGAUACAAAGAGAACGUGGAUAUAUGGUCGGUGGGGUGCAUUAUGGGAGAAAUGGUGCGCCACAAAAUCCUCUUCCCUGGGCGGGACUACAUCGACCAGUGGAACAAGGUGAUAGAGCAGCUGGGCACACCCUCACCAGAGUUCAUGAAGAAGCUGCAACCCACAGUGAGGAACUAUGUCGAGAACCGGCCAAAGUAUGCAGGCCUCACCUUUUCCAAGCUCUUCCCUGACUGCCUUUUCCCUGCUGACUCUGAGCACAACAAACUCAAAGCCAGCCAGGCCAGAGACCUGCUGUCUAAGAUGUUGAUCAUCGACCCUGCUAAACGGAUAUCGGUGGAUGAGGCCUUACAGCACCCUUACAUUAACGUGUGGUAUGACCCAGCUGAGGUGGAGGCGGCCAGAGAUCUCGUCCAAAUAUCCAUGCCUCCACCUCAGAUCUAUGACAAGCAGCUGGACGAGAGAGAACACUCCAUUGAUGAAUGGAAAGAGCUAAUCUACAAAGAGGUGAUGAACUUUGAGGAAAGAACGAAGAAUGGCGUUGUGAAGGGACAGCCUUCACCUUCAGGUGCAGCCAUGAACAGCAGCGAGAGCCUCCCUCCCUCCUCCUCCAUCAACGACAUCUCCUCCAUGUCCACCGACCAGACCCUGGCCUCAGACACUGACAGCAGCCUGGAGACCUCCGCAGGACCCCUGGGGUGUUGCAGGUGACUAGCCGCCUGCCUGCGCAACCCCAUGUUCUUCCGACGGUGAAGAACCCCCUAAGGGACACCCGCCUCACCAAAAUGACCAAGUGAAAAAUACAAAAAGAUCAAAACGAAUAUAUUAAGAACAAAAAACAUGAGUUAUGGAAACACAUAGAUUCACACAGAAAAAAAUCUGAAAUGAUGAAAUCUAAAGCCUGCGCGUUUUCAUUGAGAAACAACAAUGAUAUUUAAGCCUAAAUAAAUGAGCUGAUAUAUAUGUUUAUGAACCUCUAGUUGCUUUGCUUAUAUCUCCCCACCUCUCUUGUACAUGGCAUCAAAAAUGACCAAAUGCUUUGACUGGCAUCUUUCUGUAAAGUGUAUAUUGACUGGCUGCUGGUCUCCCAAUUCCUUACACAAGCAUCUAUGCUUCAGUCAGUGUGGCAAGGUGGGCUGCCGUUUUGUUCAUGACUACUGUACAAUAUAAAUUUCCAUUCCCUCUCCCUCGUCCCUUAUCUAACCCUUCUGUGAUGACACUGCUGUAUUUUAACCUCUAGGCUUGGUCUUAGACACCCUCCCCUUCUCAUCCUCUCCCAGCACAUCCCCAAUGUGAGGUUGCCAGAUUUGUGUGUUUUUAAUGUGAUUAUUCUGCAGGGAUAUGUAUUUGCUCUCAUCCAGAGCAGUGCCCCCCCCUGUUCUACUUGUAAAUACUGUAAUUCUGUACAGCUGAGGGGCACGCAGAGUGGGACUGAUGGCCAGUACACUGGGAAUUCUCUGAAUAGCGCACCUUGCCACAUCACCGCUUUCCACCUAAGUUGCCCCUGCCUGUAGCUAUAGUCCUGCAUGAUCAGAUGAAACAAUGCUAAUCUCACUGUAUGCUAAAAAUGAGUCUGUAUAGAGACUUUUGUUUAUAUACAAUGUAAACUAACACAACACCAGACAUGGGGAGGUGGGGGGUAGGGUGUCUGGUCAGAGGAUAGGAUGUGUGUGCAUAUGUGUGUGCGUGUGUGUGUGUGUGCGUGUGUGUGUGUAUGUGUGUAAACCACAGGCAAGGCCAUAGAGACAUUCAGUUAGGUAAGUGUCAGGGCUGAGCUCGGGACUUAAAGGGUCAGUACGCUCUGGUUUCAGAAAUGAUUUUGAUUUUUUUUUUUUUUUUUUUUUUCAGACAUCGCAAGAUUAUUUUUGAAGGUCUUGGAAAGUCUGAUUUGUGUGUCAAGUCCCUUUUAUUUCCCCUAGCCAUAUGUGUUUGUAUGAUCUUCUGCAUCCCUCCACCGUUCCACGGGCUGGCCAACAGCCCUGCAUGUCACUGUGUACCAUUUCCCCCUCAUAGGCACUGGAAGUCUGUUUCUAAGUCACUGUGGUGUUAACCGGACAGACUAUUCUUAUAAAUAUGACUGAAACAUUUGAAGAGUUUUAGCAGGCGAUAUUGAAGUGAUACUGUUGGUAGUUUAAAGGCAGGGUGAUGAGUGUUAACCUUGUAGCAACGUAUCGUUUUGUUCUGAAGUAAUCUCAUGUGCAUCAUUUCACGACGUGACGACUCAUGCUGCGGUUUUGUUAGUAAAAAGGGAAUUGGAUAUACAGACGUAACGUAACAGCCAGUUAUGUUGAGUAGAUGAUUUCUUAGCUGGAAGAUUUAUUUAUUGAUUUAUUUAUUUUGAUAGACAGAACCUGAAUAUGGCAAGUGCCUUUUGGAGUGAUGCAGUUUUGGAAACAGAAUCAGUCAGGGGUCCCAGGGCCCCUAUUGUUUUUGGUAGGAUUUUUUUCUUCUGCUUCUUCUUUUUCUGCCUUAAAAAGAACUUUAGCUCAGAGACCAUAAGCCCCGUAGGUUUUUAAUUUCCUGCAGUACCCAGCAGAACAAAACAAAUGAAAACAAAACACCAAUUGGCCAGAUGGUGGCGCUAUAAAAAGCAACUUUACAUUUUAGCCAGUAACUCCGGAACUGCAUGGCAUAUUUUUAGACAACAAAGUGAUUGCACACAUCCAAACCCUAUUGCACAUAGUACUGUUUUUUUCCACCAUGAUAGCAUUCCACCACUUUGAAUUUCAUGCACCAAACCUAUUUUUUAUGAUUUCUCUUGCAAAGGUGAGGGAAAUUUCCAUUACAUUUUGCACACAUCAAAUUUGGAAUUCCAAGAUUACACCUAUUACACCGUAUUUUGAAAAAUCUGAUUUGCUGUAAUGCAUCAAUGAAGGCAAAGACAUGCAAACUGGAAGUUAGGUGUUAUUUCAAAACCGUGAAUGCCACACACACUUGGGCUGGGCGCUGAAGUGCAUCAGUCCACAUUUGCUCAUGCUGCAUAGCGCCAUCAUCAGGCCAACCUUGCAACAGGAUUUGUUUUCACCAGCUUGUUCACACAGCAAAUUUGAACUGCCCUCAUUAUUAUCAUUAUUAUUAUUCACAGGAUUUUGAUUCUGUGUGGCUGUGAAGCCCCGAGCAGAUUGAUUAUUCCAGAGAACGUAUCGAUCCUCAUAACCGAGACACAGAAACGUGAGUUGACAGUGAAGAUGUAAACAUUUAAUUUAAUAUGCGAGUAAUCAGACGUCACACACGCAUUUUCAAAAGGGUUCCAAAGUGUGUCAUUCAUAUUUGGUCAUGCUCUAUAAGGUAGCUGUGAGGACAGAUUGGCCAUUAUGCAGUUUGCAGUAUUGUGGCUGCAUUUAAUUUUCGUGCUGGUAUUGAAGGGUAUGGAUGGAGCCUGUUGUGUGAGAGGCCGAGGAAAAUGGGUGCAGGUGUCUUCAGGUACACUGUACCUGGUGUGUAUUUUAUGCUGUGUCUCCUAUCUCCUCUCCCUUGGCCAGGGGUGCACACCUCUCCUCACUCCACUCAAAGCCUGUUGGGUGAAACUUAACUUUUACUCGCACCAAGCAGAUGUUUUUAAUUCUGUAGGGAAGAUUUCGGUUUGGCUGAAAGGACUCAGAGGAGAAUUUGGCCCAGCUUUAGUCUGUCUCAGGAUAGAGUUGUCCUCACCUAAUUGUCACCAUAACUGCACCCACACCCUUGUCCCUCCCUUUCGAGAGAUUAUACCUUCAUCAUCCCUCACAUCUUUCGGUUGCAUUUUUGAAUAUGCAAUGAUGUUGAGGUGUUAUUAAAACCCUGUUUGACAUGCACCAGAUAGAAGGCACCAUGUAAGCAGAUAGAAAACACCGUGUAAGGUGCAAACUCAACAGAUUUCCUGUACGUUGUAUGUCUUUUUUUUUUUUUUUUUUUUUUUUUGUCUAUUUUAUUUCAUCAGUAUCCUUAAAUUUAAAUGCAUGAAUGAAAUCAUUCAUUCACACUUUUUUUGGUUUGCACUGCUGUAUUUUAUGUUGUCACCCAGGUUUGCUGUUUUGAUGCUCACACAGAUGGAGUAUAAUUGAUAGUUGAAUGAUUUAAACGCUCUCAUGUUUGUAUGAAGUACACGUCACAGCUUGUUCAAAGGAAAUCUUUGCCACUGUAAUAACUAACAGUUCACAACAAAGGCCUGGGUCAGACUGCAGGCAAAAUCAGAUUGGUUUCUCAAAUCAGAUCUUUAAGAGAGACUGUCCACACUGUUAACUCACUUCGUUACCAUGGCAGCCCGUGCAGAUAGGUUGCUGAUGUCUGAAGACACACAUCCCAUCGGAUCAUUUGUAAUUAACAGUGCGGACAGAUCCGACUUCAGAAACAAAACCGUUUUGCCUGCAGUCUGAGCAAGGCCUUAUCUGCUGGUAGGUGGAGAAGAAAUUGUAGUAGCAAUGCGCUGUGUACAAACAAAAUCCAUAAAGCUCUACAAUAUGUGUAGUUUGCAUAAUGGGUUGAAUUCACUUGACAAUCAGGUGACUAACAAAGAUCAGAUUUCAAAGCCGAGGACACUAUGGAGACAGUAUUUAUUUAUUAACAGUGAUCAAAGCACCAUUUACAAUUAUUUUGCCUGCUGAGUAUCACCAUAUUUCUGGCUUCUGGACGUAGACAGCAUGGCCCAUGAUAUUACUAUGUUCAGUGGUAGUUUUAGAAAAAAAAAAAAAGGCACUACAGUCUUCAAAGGAUUUUGUGACAUUUACACAAUGGGAGGUGUUCUGAUUAUAGUCUCGAAGAGGCCUGAAAGACAGGACAGGACUGCUCAGGUGGACCUUUCAUGUGCUCCUUUCUAAAUGUGUCAUUUGUAGCUCACGGUCCUUUUCAUCUCUGUGAUCUCCAAACCAGCUGCUGCAGCUCAGUGGUUCUCGUCUUGCAUGGACUUUGCCUAACGCGCCCUCUUGCUGUACAUACAACGGAUUAUAACCCCCUUCCUCCCCCCCUAAAAAUGAUAGAUAUAACUUUGGAAAGUUACUUUGUUAACACUCUUUUUUUUGCCAGUGGCUUGUGUACAGUGAAACACACAAAGACUUUUCUCGUCACACAGCUAAGAGGGUUAACUGAGGGCGGCGUCUCCAGCAUAAGCUCGGGUUAGCUUGGCUUUCUGUUCAGGGUCUGGCCAGGGCAUUCUCUCAAAACAGGGUGGAACUUUCACUUCUUUGUAUCGUUUGAAAAAUGACCAACUGAAUUUUCUUACCACUGGGUUUAGUGUGCGAGUGGGCUCCUAUACACCGCAAAUUCUCAAAGUACUGUCGUAGUUUUUCUACAGGGCAUUUUUAACCAUACCAACGAAAUUGAUUUUUACCUGGGAGUAAAGAACUUUCACUAAGUUACGAAUAUGUUCUGGUCACUGAGGACACAAAAGCUGACACAUUUAUUUCCUUUUUUUCCCCCCCCUCCUCUUCUUUUAAUCAGUGUGAACUUCUGAUCUUGUGGCAAGAUAUCCCCUCAGACAAUUCUGUUUUUAAUUUAAAAAAAAAAAAAAAAAAAAAGGUGCUCUCUUGUCCUGUUUUAUUCCAAAUGCCUGAUGGCUGGGGCGUCAGCACUGAAAACUGUCUAAAAGGUUGAACUGGGUGAUGUGAUCUGGCAUCUUGACAAAAAGGCGGUCAUUUCAUCUUUACUGUGACGGCAAGCAACAACGCUGAGAGAGAGGUUUUGACCGGUGUCAGGCCAGCGGUGCGUUGGGAAAUAGACAGGAGUGUAAUCAUGUUCAUUUGUACUAAUCUGAUAAAUGACUCAAUCCCCAAUCUUGCUUUAUUGUUUUUCAUGAGGGACCUAAAAUAAUCCCAAAUUGAUGUGUGUUAGCCAUUUCUUUGUAGACUGGAAAGGGUUGGCUAUGUCUCUCAGUCAUAUUGCCAAUGAGAAAUAUUGAUUAGGUGUCACAGGUUAGCAGAUGCAUCUUGUACUCAGCUGUGCCAACAUAAAAUCUUUGGACCUAUUUCAGUGCUUGUGAUCCCCAGCUUAUUGAUUUUUCACGUUUUUGUUUUUGUUUUUUGUUUUUUUGUUUUUUUUUUGUUUAUUCCUGAUGAAAGUCAUAUUGUAAAUGGCAAAAAAACCAUACAACAAUGCAAUAAACACUUUAUUGCACUCAGACAGGGAGGCUACUGCAAGGGCCAGGUGAAGCUGAUGGUAAAUGUCUAGAUUUGUUUAAAUGUGAACUGAAACGUGGAACUCUAAAUUGACGAAACCCUGUAUAGCUCAUCUGAAUCAGGUGGUGUUAAUUCUUUAAUUCUUCGGUUAUUUCUUCUCUCUCUUAUUUUCUCUCUUCCUUUUACUCCGUGCUGUUUUAAUGAAAUCAUUCUGUUGACAUUGUCAGGUUGAAAAAAUAAAAAAUAAAAUAAAAUGUAUCUGUUUCACGCUGAUCUCAAAGCUUCAGGCUAUAGCGUUUCAAAUAAAGUCGAAUAAAACAAACGCAAAAGAAAAAGAAACGGUUCAAAAAAUAAAAUUACUGAAAGCUGUUACUGUAAACACUCAACAUUUUAAAGGAACUGUGUAUGUAAAAAAAAAUAGUAUAUGUAUGUGAUUGAAAAUAAACAAAACCUUUGACCUUG